GCGAUGACGCAAGCGCGCUCCGGCGCGACCUCUGCUUUAUUCAGGAAAGAAGAAACCGCUAUGUAAAGUACUGAAGGAGGAAAGGAGAAGAGCUGUGAACGAGAGUCUUUGAACCGCAGAGGGACCGAAGUAGGGUUACUCGCUCUGUUCGACGAUGACGUCCAGAUAACAAGGGUUUAUCUAGCCGUGCCUGCUGGCUUUUCCCCUCGGUGGAGACAUGGAGAAGCAGCCGAGGCUGUUGUGCUCGCAGCUCAGUGUGGGAGGCAGAGUGUGCGAUGUUACUCUCAGCAGCUCUUUUCUCUCAUGGCGGGAGGUGGUGGACAGCAGCAAAAAACGCACUGCUGCCAACGUGUACGGUCCUCUGAAGGCUGCAGGCAGCCAUUGUGUGCCGGUGUGUGAGAUCAUAGCCAUCCAGGAGACGGAGGAGGACUGUCCAAGCACAAAUGUGGGGAAAUGGCAGAAAGUCCCUCAAAACCCAGCUGGGUCUAACCAGCACGCUUUCACAGUGUCCUAUGUGGAGAGGACUCUGAAGCACCGCUGGCGGUGCAGUGAAGUCACCCUCCAUUGCCCUGAUAGGAAGCUGUGUCUGCAGUGGGUCCAAGCCAUCCGGGAGCAACUUGCGCUAUUGACUAUCCGACCGAAGCGUUUGCUGGUCUACAUAAAUCCCCAUGGAGGAAAACAACGCGGGAAGAGGAUUUACGAGCAGAAAGUGGCCCCAAUCUUUUCCCGCGCCUCCAUCACCACCGAUGUGAUUGUUACGGAGCGCGCAAAUCAUGCCAGGGACCACUUGAAGACGGAGGCUGAUCUGAAGAAGUAUGAUGGGGUGGUUUGUGUUGGUGGAGAUGGCAUGUUCAGUGAAAUCAUGCAUGGCCUGAUCUCCCGGACGCAGUGCGACUCCGGGGUGGACCAGAGCUGUGCAGAUGAGACGCUGAUACCUUGCGGACUGCGCAUCGGCAUCAUUCCUGCAGGUUCGACUGACUGCAUAUGCUAUGCGACGGUAGGCUGCAACGACCCUGUGACCUCAGCACUGCACAUCGUGGUGGGUGAUUCCCAGCCACUGGACGUCUGCUCCGUCCACCAGAAUAACGCCUUUCUGCGAUACUCUGUCUCGCUGCUCGGUUAUGGUUUCUACGGCGAUGUGUUGAUGGACAGUGAGAGAAAACGUUGGAUGGGUCCUGCUCGCUAUGAUAUCUCAGGUGUUAAAACGUUUCUGUCACAUCGCUACUAUGAAGGGACCAUCUCCUUCCUCCCUGCUGAUGGAAGUGUCGGAACUCCCAGAGACAAGAUUCAGUGUCGAUCUGGGUGUAAUAUAUGCCAGCUGCCCUCAGCGGACAAAGCAGUCUACAAAGUUGAGGACAGCAUCUCAGAGACUGAGAAUAAGGAUGUAUGGCAGGUAAUCAGGGGGAAGUUUCUGGCCAUCAAUGCUGCAUGCAUGAGCUGUGCUUGUCCACGCAGUCCCAAAGGCCUGUCACCCUCCGCACACCUGGCCGACGGCACCGCCGACCUCAUCCUGGUGCGCAAGUGCUCACGCUUGGACUUCCUUCGCCACCUGCUACGCCACACCAACAAAAAUGACCAGUUUGACCACCCCUUUGUGGAGGUAUACCGUGUGCGACAGUUCCGCUUCACGCCCAGGUAUCAGGAGACAGACUCCGAGCUGGAUCUGAGGGAAGCAGAGGGCAGCAGCAGUAAGCACUUCUUCACACAGAUAUGCAGGGAGCAUCAGGCGUGCAGCUGUGCCCCAACACACAGCAGCUGGAACUGCGAUGGGGAAAUUUUGCCACACGGUGCCAUUCAAGUCAGAGUGCACUGCCAGUUGAUCAAGCUGUUUGCGAGAGGGAUCGAAGAGCAGUCCGUCUUUGAGGACCCUUCUUACGCUCUCUGUGCAAUAUAGAUCUGCCUGUCAAAAUCACUGGAAAAAACCCGCUCUCGCUGGACCAUGAAGAAUUCUAACCUCUUGAAGAGGUCACAUUUGUUUUAGAGUUAAGAAGAUGCUGUUCCAUAUGCUGUUGGAUCCAUUUGUAGUGGCUAGAAUUGGAAUUGAGGUCUGAAAGGGGAAUUGCGCAAAAUGUAGUCGUUAAGAUGUGAAGUCAUUCAGAGUGGUUUAAUGUGAAAUGCAGCAAUCUAAAAAAAACUGUCUCAUGUCAGAAUUGUUUAUAGUGGUGGUGAUAGGCACCAGAUAUCUGAAGCUAUCUCACAGGAAGCUAUUACAUGAAAUGAUUACAAAUAUGUUGCCUGAUGGCUUUUGCACUUAUGUCUACUUUAUCAUUAUCGACAUGAGGGAUGUACGUUCCCACUAAUUUUGAUAUUCGAGUUUACACAGUUAAAAAAAACACAUCUGGUUAACCAAGGGGAAGGGGACAAAUAAAAAGUACUUUUUUCUGAAAUUAACAAAGGGCUGAAGGUGGAGGCUUUUUAAGGUAAUACCACUGGGGGCUUAAAAAACACAGUAUCACAAAAAAUUUGCAGCAAGCAGAAGAAUAUAUUUGUAAAUAUGAUCUAAAAAGUCAACAGUUUCAGUGUUGGAUGAAAUGGAGGAUAAUUCUUUAGAUGUGAGCUACAACUACAGCUAACUGGUAGAACACUCAAAGCUGAUGAGGGCUCAUUGUCUUACACAAGGUUAUUUCUCCUUAUGAAUGAUGUGCCAGCAAGUUUUCUGUACCAAGCCAGCAUCAGCUGUAGUAUUUAGCAUUGUUAGCAAUAAAAGCACACUGUCUCAGCCCUCUCAGUCAUGUCCUUAACAACGUGUCCUUGGCAGCAUGCUCACAUUUAGGUACUCGUAUGUCAGAGUGGCACAGUGUCAUCCUAAGCCAUAGCAUUUUACAGUCCUGUUAAAACAUAAGUAGUGCUUCAUUGAAUUAAUAAUCUAUAUAUUUUCUGUCUUCCUGUGAUGAAAUGGAACACGUACACAUAGUACACAAGUACACAUUUCAGUAUUCAAAUACUGACACCUCUGAUGGUUAACCUAAUUCCCAAGUAUUCCUGCACAUCCCGACAUCAGAUAAAAUCUGUGAAUGUUCACUGGUUAUUUGAAUGGCAAACAAAAUGGCUGUAUUUGUGCUGACCAGUUUGCGCCACCAUUGUUGCGAGCUUAUACAGUUCUCUAAAAUGCACCGUUUCACAUCAAACCAUUCUGAAUGACUAUUUACCUCUCAACAAUUAACCUAUACAGAUGCACCGAUCAGCCAUAACAUUAAUAAUUAAUAGCUCCUUGUUUCUACACUCAUUGUCCAUUUUAUCAGCUCCACUUACUGUAUAGGUGCUCUUUGUAGUUCUACAAUUACAGACUAGUCCAUCUGUUUC